AUGAACGUACAUCAUCAACAAUUGGUCUGUUCCCUAACUUCUGAACAGAAAGGAGCGUAUACCCAGAUAUUGGAUGCUGUUUCGUCCAAUAACGGAGGAUUUUUUUUCCUAUAUGGAUUUGGCGGAUCUGGUAAAACUUUUGUGUGGAAUACCCUCUCAGCUGCGCUGCGUUCUGAAGGAAAGAUUGUUCUAAAUGUUGCGUCAAGUGGCAUUGCUUCAUUACUAUUACCUGGAGGUAGAACUGCUCACUCUAGAUUUUCCAUUCCUAUCACUAUCCAUGAAUCAUCAACAUGUAAUGUCCGUCAAGGUUCUCAUAAAGCUGAAAUGCUUCAGAAAUCAAGUCUUAUCAUUUGGGAUGAAGCUCCAAUGCUUAACAAGCACUGUUUUGAAUCUCUAGACAAAACUAUGAAUGACAUCAUGAAGACCCAAGCAACUUUUGGCCACGAUAAACCCUUUGGAGGAAAGGCAGUUUUUUUGGGUGGGGACUUUCGACAGAUUCUGCCAGUAAUUUUGAAAGGAAGUAGAUCAGAAAUCAUUUCUUCUUCUGUGAAUUCAUCAUACCUAUGGAAGCAUUGUAAAGUAAUGAAGUUAACUACCAACAUGAGGUUACAACAAGUAGGGUCCUCUUCUUCAUCCUUGGAGAUCAAAGAAUUUGCGGAUUGGCUUCUUCAAGUGGGUGAUGGCACGGUUAAGCCAAUCGAUGAGGAUGAUUAUAUUAUAGAAAUUCCCUCUGAUUUGUUGGUGAGGGAGCCCGAUAAUCCCUUACUUGAGUUAGUCAAUUUUGCAUAUCCCAUUGUUGUUGCUAAUUUGGAGAACCAUGCAUAUUUUGAACAAAGAGCACUCCUUGCUCCCACUCUUGAAAGUGUUGAAGAGGUUAAUAACUUCAUGAUGUCAGAUGAAGACUCUGAAAUAGAUGCAAAAUGGUUCACUUCAGAAUUUCUAAAUGAUGUUAAGUGGUCUGGUAUUCCCAACCACAGAAUUGUUCUCAAAGUUGGUGUCCCUAUCAUGUUAAUUCGGAACAUUGAUCAGUCUGCUGGAUUGUGUAAUGGAACAAGAUUGAUAGCGAGCGCUUUGACACCUUAUAUCAUUGUUGCAACAGCUCUUUCCGGUUCUAAAACAGGUAAACAUGUUUAUAUUCCUAGGCUUAGCUUAACUGCUUCUGAUACUGGCCUUCCUUUCAAAUUCUCAAGGAGACAGUUCCCUAUUACUGUUUGUUUUGCUAUGACUAUAAAUAAGAGCCAAGGCCAGUCGUUAUCGCAUGUUGGAUUAUACCUUCCUAGGCCGGUGUUCACGCAUGGCCGGCUAUAUGUAGCUCUAUCAAGAGUAAAAUCUAGAAAAGGGUUGAAGAUACUUAUAGUCGAUGACAAAGGAGUAGUAUCUAAUUGCACUCGGAAUGUUGUGUAUGAAGAAAUUCAACAGACUUUCAAUGAUAAUGGAGCAGCAAGCAACAAGUGGAAUGCAUAA